AUGAAUUGUUGGAAAUGUUUUCAAAAUCAAGGCUCUGAAGAAGAUAAAUGGCGUUGGGACGAUUACAAGGUUACUGAGGAUUUCCACAAUGGAGAAAUAGAAUGGCUUUCUCAUGAUUCUCUAACUGGUUAUAAGCAGAAGCAGUAUUACCAAGUGCAAGAAUCAGAGAUUCGAGAAAACGAUUGGCUCAAUCUGUAUACUGAAUUUGCAUUUCAUUCGAAGUUCAACUCUUCUGCGCCUCUGAAGAUCAAGAAAGUUGUGGUGCAGACUCGUGAAGAUGUGGAGUCAAGUAAGAAGUUGAAGUCCGGGAAUGCUGUCUUCUACAUCAGCUUCGCUGGCUCUGAUGAGACUCAAGAACACAGAGCCGUUAUAAGAAGAGUCACCGAUGGGAUCCAAGGCCAUGUUGCUCUUGAAGUCAAGGUUAACUUUGGGGACUUGUCUUGA